GCUCUCAACACAUAAUCAGUGGAUACUGGUGAUAGAGCAUACACUGGCCGCAACAAAGGCUGAUUUAGCCAUCUAUAACACCUGUUCAACCAUCUGGUUCUAAUGAAAUUCGGAUCUGCCUGGGGUUCAAUCGGAAAACUAGCUCUCCGUGCCUCAUUUCGAUCUGUCGUUCAAACUCAAGACCUAUUCAGUCUAUCCCAGCCUUUGUUCUCGUCUGCUCGCACAAUGGCCACAAAAGUCAUCAUCAAUCCACCUCGUGAUCCCAACACGUUAUCCAAUUACAACAAUUGGAAGACUAUCCACUCUGUCACCAAACUUGACAUUGAUUUCGACGCUCGAAAGCUCAAGGGAAGCGUUACCCAUACAUUCAAGGCCAUCACCGACGGAGAAAGCGAUGAAAUCAUACUCGACACAAGCUAUUUGCAGAUCCAUGACAUCAAAGUCGCCGGCAAAGUGCCCAAGUGGGAGCUCCUGCCUCGAGUGGAGCCGUACGGAAGUCCGCUCAAGAUCAAACUUGGCGAAAAACAUGCCCUUGACACAACUCUGGACGUCGAAAUCGAUUUGGAAACCACAGAAUCUUGCACCGCCUUACAAUGGCUGACUCCAGAGCAAACUGGAAACAAGAAACACCCUUAUGUCUUUUCGCAGUGCCAGGCAAUCCACGCAAGAUCCAUUUUUCCUUGUCAAGACACACCGGAUGUCAAAUCGACAUUUGACUUUCACAUCACGUCUCGCCUUCCAGUCAUCGCUUCUGGCAUAGCGGCCAAAGAUAAUCCUGCGUCCCCUUCGACUACCGGUAGUGGUGAGAUGUACAACUUUCAGCAAAAGGUGCCUAUUCCUGCAUAUCUUUUUGCUUUGGCGGCCGGCGACAUCGUGACCGCCCCAAUCGGUCCACGUAGCACUGUCGCCACCGGGCCUGACGAGAUCAAAGAUGCCAAAUGGGAAUUCGAAGAAGACACUGAAAAGUUUCUCAAAGCUGCCGAAUCCUUGGUCUACCCCUAUGCCUGGGGCGAGUACAAUGUCCUCGUGCUCCCCCCAUCGUUUCCUUAUGGCGGGAUGGAAAACCCAGUCUACACAUUCGCUACCCCGACGGUAAUUUCUGGAGAUCGGCAAAAUGUCGACGUGAUUGCCCACGAACUCAGUCAUUCCUGGUCGGGCAAUCUCGUCUCCAAUGCCUCGUGGGAACAUUUCUGGCUCAACGAAGGAUGGACCACAUAUCUCGAACGCCGUAUUCAAGCAAUAGUCCAUGGAGGAGAUCAGUGGCGAGACUUCUCUGCCAUCAUUGGUUGGAAGGCCAUGACCGACAGCAUUGAACAAUAUGGGACCGAGCACGAAUUCACCAAAUUAGUGAUCGACUUGAAAGGCAUAGACCCUGACGAUGCAUUCUCAUCCAUCCCCUACGAGAAAGGCUUCAAUUUUCUAUAUUACAUUGAAAAACUCAUCGGCAAAGACCAAUUCGACACCUUUAUUCCCCAUUACUUUGAAACCUGGCGCGGCAAGUCCCUCGACAGCUACGAUUUCAAAGCCACACUCCUAGGUUUCUUCUCCGCCAACCAAGAAGUAGCCACCAAACUCAACCAAAUCGACUGGGACACCUGGUUCUACAAGCCCGGAUACCCUCCCAAACCCGAUUUCGACACAUCCCUCGUCGACGCCGCCAAUUCCCUCGCCGACCAAUGGGAGAAGUUCACACACGAACCCAACCCCGAUUUCGGACCUACGAAACUCGACAUUGCAGGCUGGUCGGCCAAUCAAGUCGUCGUGUUCCUCGAACGAGUCCUACUAUUCAAGAAAAACCUACCGGUCCCUCAUUCGAACUACAUGGGAUCCAUCUACGAACUCAAAGAAAGUCGCAACGUUGAAGUUUCGUCGCGGUAUUAUCAGGUUGCGAUGAAGAGUGGAGAUGUGUCGAUCAAACCGUUUGUGGUUGAAUUACUGGGUCAGGUGGGAAGAAUGAAGUUUGUGCGCCCUUUGUAUCGUGGCCUGUUGUCCUUGGAUGUCGAUCUGGCGGUUGAUACCUUUGAGAAGAACAAGGACUUUUAUCAUCCGAUUUGUAGGGCCAUGGUGGCAAAGGAUAUCUUUGGUGCGAAGAAUAAGGUGACUGCCUCUUGAACUAAAGGGGUAUAGAUUAGAAUGGAAGGGUGGGUUGAAUUAUGGGAUUGUAUCCUUUACCCUUAUUCUUAUAUCGCGAAUGGAGUCGUUGGAUGUCACUCUUCAUAAGGUACACCCUAUCCUUAUCAUACCUUGGGAAGGGAAAAAUGAAUCCCUACCAGCUACCUACCACCAAUAGAUUAGAUCCGAAACAGUCAAAGUAGAGCAAACGAUGCAUUCAUAUUGAU